AAAAAGUACCAGAUGUGUUUCGUCGAUACAAAAUCCUCUUGACUAUUAAGACGAGACGAGCACGGAGCUCCGCUGCAUUCGUCCGUCUAACGCUUCUCGCUUUAGCAUAUAUUUUCUUUCUUUUGGCAUUCCCUGUAAAGUCAACCCGAACCUCAAGUCCUCAACCCCUUUUCCACAUUGCAGCAACACCACCAUCCUCCUCCUUCCGCCAUGAACCUCCAAUCAGACCAACUCGAACCGGACCUUCCACUCCCACGCCUCCGCAUCCAUCCCUCAUCUCCUCCUCGCUUCCCCAUCACGGCUCCCAUCCCCACAUCUACUGGCCAACGCCGCAUCGCCAUCGCCGUUGAUCUUAGCGACGAGAGUGCUUAUGCUGUCAAGUGGGCCGUUAACAACUACCUCCGCCCUGGUGAUGCCGUCAUCCUCCUCCACGUCCGUCCUACCUCCGUCCUCUAUGGCGCUGACUGGGGCUCGAUCAAGCUCCAGAUCAAUGAUAAUAGCGAUGACGCACCUCUCGACGAAAGUGAUCAGCAAAAGUUGGAGGACGAUUUUGAUAAUUUCACUGCCACGAAAGCCAAAUCCUUGGCACAGCCGCUGGUUGAGGCGCAGAUUCCAUUCAAAAUCCACAUAGUGAAGGACCAUGACAUGAAAGAGAGGUUGUGUUUGGAGGUGGAGAGAUUGGGGUUGAGCGCUGUGAUAAUGGGGAGCAGGGGUUUUGGCGCGGCCAGGAGGAACAGUAAGGGGAGGCUUGGAAGCGUCAGCGAUUACUGCGUGCAUCAUUGCAUUUGUCCGGUGGUGGUUGUGAGGUGCCCCGAUGACAAGGAAGGGGAGAGCAACGGUGAUGGUGGAAAAGAGGGUAGUGUGAAGAAAGGAAUUAUUGGAAAGGAGGUGGAGCUUCACCCUGUUCCUGAGGAGGACCAGGAAUAUCAUGAUGCCUCCGAUGAGCAGAAAGAUUUUUACCAAGUCUCAGGUUGAAGGCAAAAUCCCAUUACAGGUAAAAGUUAACGUGCCCGAUUACUGGUUGAGGUCAUGAACUUCAGAGAAGUUGCAAAAAGAGCUUUCUUGUAGAAUUUAUUGUUGGGUCUGUGUGAUUGCUGCUUUGUACAUGUGGAUGAUGGGAAAAGUGUGGUUUCCAUCCAUGUUCUAGUAUAAUUCCUUGUCAUGUGUUACUGCAUAUGUGAAUGGUUACUGGGUUGCUUUGAGAAUGCCACUAAGCCUUUCCAUGGUAUAUAGCUAUUGUAUUGUUGGAACUGGCUUUUGGGUUGUAUAAAAUGAUUUACAGCUUUACGUUUCGGUUUUACUCUUGA